AGUAGUCAUCGUCACUAGUGCAAGUGGAGUCUUGGCGCAGUGUUGAGCAGCGAAGGAGAUUGCAAGAUUGUCCACUCCGAAAAAAAUACUAUAGCAAGAGCGAUACAGAUAAAAGCAGAAAAUCUCAAAACCAAGAGUAUGGCCGAGACGAAGGGAUUCGAUCGGUUUGAGCCCAUAUUUGGGGAGCCAACGGUGGAGCUGGAGCAGGGAGAGGUCUUCGGAGGUGUAUAUCGCCGCACCUUUCUAUUUUAUGCCCACCCUUUAGAUUCUUCUCAGCUAGAGAUCGUGGUCUCUGACUUCCAUUCCAACACCUUCUUGCGCGUCCUCACCGUUAUGGACAUCGACGACCUUAGAGAUGAAACUGGAAUUGGUGGCUCAUGGAGUGACUUUGUUCAUUAUCUUUUAGCAUCUUUGUCCGUUGGGGAUGUAAAGAUCAUCCUUGAUCGUCCGGAAAAUUUACAAACCGAUUGUAGUGUUGCACAUGCCAAGUUAAUAACUCGCAAGUCAAAAGGACUUCCUCGUAUUUCAAUCCCUCUCGAUGGACUAUUGAAUUUACCAGCUAAGGAUGCUACUGCGAAUAUCUCUUUGGCACUCUUCAACGCAUACAAGAGCAAGCAUGUAGAAGUAGUGAAAGGGCUAGAGAACUUGUCAAGGAUGAAGGAGAUGCUAUCUUCUGAAACGGAUAGGAGCGAAAAUUUGCAGAAGCAGCUUGACGCUCUUUCAUUUACAAACAAAAGGAAGGUGCCUAAGGCAAAGGUUCCGGAAAAGGCAUCCCAUAUUUAUGACAACAUAGGAAGUAAAGAAUUGGUUAUUUCUGAAGCAGAACAAACUUCAGCUAAAGUAACUAGUGCGGACAAAUCACCAUUAAAAGAUGCUCCGUCAUUGAAAGGAAGCCAGAGGGCUGUACCCGCACAUCGCCGAGCAAAAGCAAGAGGUGCUUCUUUGCAAAAUAAUGAGGAUGAUGAUGGAAGCUAAGGCCUGUAGAGUUCAUGGGCAUUGGUUUUUGACAACAUGGAAGAGCAAGUGUGCAGAAUAAUUUACCACAGGUUUUUGACUAUACGGACGAAUAUGCCUUACCUCAUUACUGAAAAUUGGCUUAAUUUUUUGAAUGAUCAUGGCGUUCAUAAUAAAGAUAAUAAAAGAAAGUAAAAAAUGUUGGAUUUGAAAGAUUACAGAUUUUAUUGAAAUCCUAGCUGUAUAUCUUAUCGUUCUCAUCUGCUCUUGCUAAUGUUUAUGAUGCUUAUGUACAUCCUUAAUGCAUUUGUAUAUUUCCCUUUUUGUUUUCUUAAAUAUUACAAUGAGAUUUGACUGAAAGCUCUAAAGCAGGAGACCUUGCCUGUUACUGUAAUUGAUCUGCUGAUUUUUAUGAAAACAAGCUGCUCUCCGUGUGAGGCAGCAGCUUACACAUAUUAUUCA